AUUCUUCUUCGUACAAGACUUUCUUCUUGUAAGUUUUGUUUCUGUUUUAUAUUGCUUCUUAUUCCAAGUUUUUCAUAUGAGACGCAUUAUUUUUUUGAUUGUGAAUUGGUUACUACAGUGACAAAAAUACCAUUUGUUUCUUCCAAUAGUUUUGAAGGCAAACCAUAUUCAAAUUCAAAUACUCAAUAAAUUUGUAUGAAUGAGUACUCCGGAGACGAAAGCCGAAGAUGAUAGAGAUAUUGUAAUAACAAAAAGUGGUAAAAAAGAUGAAUCUUCUUCUUCUAGUGUUCAGAGAUUGAAGUUCAAAUCUGGUAGUAAUAGCAAGAAAAAAUUACUUCAUCCUCCGAUUGAAACGCAUUGGGAUCUUCCUACACAAAAAGGAAAGAAAAGAACAUCAUUCUCCAUAAAAUCAAUGUUGUCUUAUCCACUCAUGAAACUUGGAAGGAGUAAAAGUAUUGAAAUGAUUCUAGAAGGAACUCAUGAUCCAAAUGAUGAAAGCAUUGUUCAGAAUUUCCGCGAAAUGCUUUCUCGUGAGGGUUUAUUGCCGCCAAAGCAUAAUGAUUAUCACACUCUUCUAAGGUUUCUGCGGAUGAAUGAUUUUGAUAUGACAAUUUCCAAAGAGAUGUUUCUCAAUUAUCUCAAAUGGCGAAAGGAAUUUCGAGUCGAUAUGAUUCAUAAGGAAUUCAAAUUCACAGAAUACACAGAAGUGAAGAAAUGCUAUCCACAUGGAUACCAUGGAGUUGAUAGAUUUGGAAGACCUGUGUAUAUUGAGAGAAUUGGGAUGAUAGAUAUUAACAAACUAUGGCAAGUAACCACAAAUGAAAGGUUUAUAAAGUAUCAUGUGUCAGAACAAGAGAAAACAUUACAAGUAAGAUAUCCUGCAUGUUCAUUAGCAGCUAAAAGACACAUAGCUUCCACCACAAGUAUCUUGGAUGUAAAUGGAAUAGGAAUGUCUAAUUUCUCAAAGCCUGCAAGAUACAUCUUUAUGGAAAUUCAGAAGAUUGAUAGCAGUUAUUAUCCUGAGACUUUAAAUAAACUCUUCAUUGUUAAUGCUGGUUCUGGGUUUAAGAUGUUGUGGAAAGCGGUGAAGGCAUUUUUAGGCGAACGCACAGUAGCGAAAAUUCAAGUUUUGGGUUCGAAUUAUCUCAAUGUGUUGCUUGAGGCUAUUGAUCCAAGUAACUUGCCAACUUUUUUGGGUGGCAAUUGCACAUGUUCUGAUGCUGGAGGUUGCUUGAUGAGUGAUCAAGGUCCAUGGAAAAAUUCAGAAUUGUUAGAAAUGAUUCAGACAGUUUCUGUAACAGAAGAAAUUGAUGGUGCGUGCGAAUCCAACAAUUCGGUCUCAGACGGAUCUUUGAUGCACAAAAAGAUUGACAUGCAAAACAAAGAUGAUGUUAGUAGUAGUAUGAGUUCGGCACUUGAGGAGACAACAUACUCUUCAUGUAGGUUAGGAUUACAAAAAAUUGAUGGGCUUGAAACUAGUCUUGGAGAUAUCAAGAAUAAAAUCAAGACAUUGGAAGAUGCACUUCAAGACACCAAGAUGGCAUUGAAAGAACUUGCACAACACAUAGAACAACAAAAAAUAUGAAAUUGACCAGUGCUAACAAGAUUGCAAUGUAGCAGCCUAAGAAAAAUGGAUACAAUUCCUUAAAUUAUUUAAUUUUUUUGAAGUAAAAAAAAGGAAAAUAUUUGGUUAUUGUCUUUUAUAAUUAUCCGUUCAUAAAACUUGUACACUAUUUUUAGAAAAAGAAAACAAGAACAAUAUAUGUAAUGUUUUUGUUUUUA